AUGUUACUUAAUCCGGCGAAUUCCACGGGGCUCCACCAAUUACUACAAAUGGUGGUCCUCCGGCUCGCCAAUGCUCAAUACUGUCCGGCCGGUUUUGACGAUUUGCUUGAUGGGACUCCAUGCGAGAAUGCGGAGGUUUGCCUGCGACUUUCGAACAGCGAGGAUUUCAAUUGUGUGAAUGGAUAUUGCUGUCGAAAUAGUCGAUCUUUGAUUAGUAACUUCUGUGGCGUAAAUGAAGUGUCGAUCGCUGGUGUAUGUUACCCUCUCUCAUCAGAAGGCCAUGAAUGCACAUAUUCCACCCAAUGCCAACCAAACCAUUUGAUAUGCCGAGAUGGGAUCUGCUCGGAUUCUACCGUAGGCGAACCUGAUUGUCUAAAUCCGGAGCACGAGGCCGAAAAAAUGAACGGAUACGUCAAGAGUUGCUUGGAAGAACGGUGCUCACCGGGUUACAAAUGCGAAUACCACCCAUUAUAUUUGGGCGGCGACUAUAUUUGUUGUGGCAAGAGGAGCGAUGAAUAUAAUUAUGAUUACGGCGUGGUUCGCGUUUAUCCAGGCACAAAAUUACCAUUGGAAUGCUUUUCGGCAACAGCCUGCAAAUGGGCCGAUACCCCAAAUUGCAUCUUCAGCGAACGUCACGGCCAUAAUGUCUGCUGCUCAACGUAUAACUGU